AUGGGUUCUAGACGUGCUAAGAACAAGCAACCAGCACCUCCUUCAUUGGAGGAAUUCCAGAGCUCUAAGGAGAGGAAGUUGGAAAGGAAGAAGAAAUCUAAGAGACCUGUAGAGAACGAUGAAGUUGUGGUUGAAAAGAAGUCAAAGAAGGCUAAGAAGUCCAAAAAGCAUGAAGAGAAGGUUCCAGAAGUAGAAGUUGAGGAGGACAUUAGAGAUCCGGAAGCGGAGCGUAAGUCAUUGUUUUCAGAUGAGGAGGUGGUUGAAGACGAGGAAUUAAAUGAAGAUUUGAAAGAUGAGUUUGAUUUAGAGCAGGAAUAUGAUGAUGGCGAGGAUGAAGAAGUCAGAGAAAAGCCACUAUUUUCGGAUGAUGAAGACGAAAACCUGGAAGAGUUGAACGCAGCAAACAUGGAAGCGUUAUCUAUGAAAUUGGACGAGGAGGAAGCGUUGGAAGCUGAUGAGGCUGAGAUGGAAUUGGUUGAAGGAGACAAGAUCCAGCCACGUGCAAUUGUUUUGCCAACUGUGGAGCAAGAGGAGGUCGAGGAACAAGGUCCACCAGAUUUGACUGCAGUGAGAACUAGAAUGCUAGAAGUCAUGAAGGUUUUGGAAGACUUCAAGAACUUGGCAGCAGAGGGUACUUCAAGAUCGCAGUACGUUGACAGACUCAUAAAGGAUAUCUGCAAAUACUUUGGUUACAGUCCUUUCUUGGCAGAAAAACUGUUUAACCUAUUCUCUCCAGCGGAGGCUAUGGAGUUUUUUGAAGCUAACGAAGUUGCCAGACCAGUUACCAUCAGGACCAAUACGUUGAAAUGCAGAAGAAGGGAUCUUGCCCAAGCGCUGGUCAACCGUGGUGUCAACUUGCAACCUAUUGGGUCAUGGACUAAGGUUGGUCUUCAAAUUUUCGAAUCUCAGGUUCCAGUUGGUGCUACUCCAGAAUACUUGGCAGGACACUACAUUCUCCAGGCAGCUUCAUCCUUUUUACCUGUUAUUGCACUUGAUCCUCAGGAAAAUGAGAGAAUAUUGGACAUGGCUGCAGCUCCAGGUGGUAAGACCACAUACAUUUCUGCUUUAAUGAAGAACACUGGUUGUGUCUUUGCAAACGAUGCUAACAAAGCUAGAACCAAGUCUUUGAUUGCCAACAUACAUCGUCUUGGCUGUACCAAUACCAUCGUAUGUAACUACGAUGCUCGUGAAUUUCCAAAGGUGAUUGGUGGGUUUGACAGAAUCCUUUUAGACGCCCCCUGUUCAGGUACAGGUGUUAUUGGUAAGGAUCAGUCUGUUAAAACAUCUCGUACAGAAAAGGAUUUCAUGCAAAUUCCUCAUCUACAAAAGCAGCUGAUACUUUCUGCUAUUGACUCUGUUGACUCAAGCUCCAAGCAUGGCGGUGUAAUCGUGUACUCAACCUGUUCAGUUGCAGUUGAAGAGAAUGAGGCGGUCGUGGAUUAUGCAUUAAGAAAGAGACCAAAUGUGAAGUUAGUUGACACUGGUUUGGCAAUCGGUAAGGAAGGUUUCACUAGUUAUAGAGGAAAGAAGUUCCAUUCUAGCGUCAACUUGACCAGAAGGUAUUAUCCACAUACUUAUAAUGUCGACGGUUUCUUUGUAGCUAAAUUCCAGAAGCUUGGUCCAUCUAAGUUCGACGAUAACAAAGCUAGCGCCAAGGAGAAGGAAGCCGCUGCUAGACAAGAAGCAUUGGAAGAAGGUAUUAUUCACGAUAACUUUGCCUCAUUCGAUGACAGCGAAGAUGAGAAGUACAUUGCAAGAUCUAAAAAGGUCAGCUUGUUGAAAAAGGGUAAGAACCCAAAGGCUAAAACUUCCCAAGCAAAGCAAUAA